AUGUCGAAAUCGGGCAUCCAGUCGCGCGGAUUCCAGACCACCAUUGAUAUCGCCCGAGGAUAUCAGUUAGCGCCUGUGGCAGGCCAUAAGCGACCACCAGAAAUCGAGCAGACUCCCGACCUCAAUCCAGGUCCAGUCGUCAAGCAAGCGACCGGUUCUGGGCAAGGCCAAAAUGCCAAUGCUGACAUCUUGGUGGGUUCACCGUGGGAAUCAGCGCGGGCUUUACUAACCGCCCCCGCGAAUCGCUUUACUGCCAGCAAGAUCCAUCCCGGCGCAGGCGCGGGUGAGACAUCACCAGACGAGGAGAAAAAGAGGAGUGUGAGUACUUCUGCCCCGGGAUCUAGUCAAAAUCCCCUGCUGUCACUCUCGAAUCCGAAGUAUGGUCUGCCGCUGUCCCUUACUGCCAAUUUUGCCGCAUUGGGCGUCUCCAAUAUCUACCCGUGGCAGGCGUCAUGUUUAUUGGCGAAAGGUCUGCUCUGUGGUGAACGACACUUGGUUUACACAGCUCCGACGGGUGGAGGCAAGUCGCUUGUUGCGGAUGUGUUGCUCUUGAGGCGGAUCAUUGAGAAUCCAACGCGCAAAGCACUCCUCGUUUUGCCUUAUGUCGCUUUGGUACAAGAGAAGCUGAAGUGGAUGAGGCGAAUUGUUCAAGAUGUGGAGAAAAAUAUUCCAGAUGAAGAAGAUGACGACUCUUCGUUUCCUCGCAGGCGAUGGAAGCGUGCUCAGAAAAAUAUCCGCGUUACCGGAUUCUUUGGUGGAAGCCGGACGACGGCUACUUGGGCUGAUACUGAUAUUGCUGUUUGUACGAUAGAAAAGGCUAACUCGUUGAUAAACACUGCAAUCGAGGAAUGUAGCAUUGGUGAUCUGGGGGUCGUUGUGCUUGACGAGUUACAUAUGCUCGACGAUGAGCAUCGAGGAUAUCUCUUGGAACUCAUGGUUACCAAGCUGUUAUUGCUCCAACAGGAUAUCCAAAUCGUUGGCAUGAGUGCCACACUCUCUAACACUGAAAUGUUGGCGGAGUGGAUGAACGCCAAAUUCUACAUUUCCACGUACAGACCAAUUCCCAUCGACGAAUACCUAGUCUACGAGAAUGCCAUCUACCCAGCUGCAACAUCAAGACAGCUCUUCCAAACAGCAUCCAAGCUGACUGCUGCUGCGUCCGUGACUGAUACAAUCCCUCCACAUCGAGUCAUUGAACCUUCCGGUUUUAAACAGCUCAGUAACUCAGCUACGAAUGCCACGGUAGCUUUGGCAGUCGAAACUGCAGCCGCAGGGUUCGGUGUAUUGGUAUUUUGUGGCAGUCGCCAAGCGUGCCAAAACCAAGCUGCUACCAUCGGUGAAGCAAUGCCGCCAGCAGAACCAGAUGAAAUGAACAAACGACUGGAUCUUCUUGCUGACCUGCGGAGCCUUGCAUGUGGCCUAGAUCCAGUCCUUGAGACUACAAUUCUCAGGGGAACGGGGUUUCACAAUGCCGGUAUGACAACGGAAGAGCGUGAACUUAUUGCACAGGCAUAUGAUCAGGGCGUACUGAGAGUCCUCGUGGCCACAUGUAGUCUUGCAGCUGGAGUAAAUCUUCCCGCAAGGCGAGUCAUUAUCAACGGGGCACGAAUGGGCCGUGAGCUAGUAGGCCCGGCAAUGUUUCGACAGAUGUGUGGACGUGCGGGACGCAAAGGCAAGGACGAAACCGGCGAGACCUAUUUGAUAUGCGUUAAAGCCGACAUGCAAGCCGUAUGCGACCUGUUGGAUGCUGACAUGCCUGCCAUCGAGAGCUGCUUGGCACCAGAGAAAAGAGGUCUAAAAAGGGCGCUGUUGGAAGCCAUAGCAACAGGACUGGUAUCAGGCUGCGACGCAAUCAAAGAAUACGUUCGAUGCACGCUCCUUUUCCGAACUGUGGACAAAAAACUUGCAUACACCAUUAUGAAAUCUGCACUUCAGGAAUUGCUUGAUGAAGAACUCAUCAUCUUCCGAGAAGAUGAAUCAUACGGAUCCACACCAUUAGGACAGGCAAUCGUGGCCUCGGCCUUUUCCCCUGAAGAUGGGCUAUUCAUCCACGAAGAAUUAAAGAGAGCCUUACAAGCCUUCGUCAUGGACGGCGACAUGCACAUCUUCUACAUGUUCACCCCUCUCCAAGCAGCAAUGAACACACCAAUCGACUGGCAAAUCUUCCGAGACCAGCUAGACCGACUAGACGAGAGCGGUCUUCGAGCCCUACAAUUUGUCGGCGUCCAACCCGGCUUCGUGAAUACAAUGGUCCAAUCCGGCGCUUCCCUAAAAGAAACAAACCCAACCCAAAUAAAAACAGCCCACAUCUACCGCCGCGCCUACACAGCCUUCCAACUCCGCGAUCUAAGCAACGAAACCCCCCUCUCGACAAUAGCAUCCCGCUACAAAAUCACCCGCGGCACAGUCCAAACCCUCGCCCAACAAUGCCACGGCUUCGCGGCGGGAAUCGUCAAAUUCUGCCAACGCAUGAAUUGGGGUAUGAUGGCCGCCGUGCUGGAUCAUAUGCGUGACAGGCUGGAGGCUGGUGCGCGUGCAGACCUGCUCGAGAUGGCUCAGGUUACUUUUGUUAAGAGUUGGACGGCAAGAUUGCUUCGGGAGAAUGGGUUUAGGAAUUUGAGGGCUUUGGCCGAGGCCGAGGCUAAGGAUUUGGUGCCUAUUCUUAUGAUGGUUAAUCCUCGUAAGGCGCAGAAGAAUCAGCUCUCGCCUGCUGAUUCGGAGCGCUAUGCGGCGAAGUUGUUGGUUAGGGCUGAGACUAUUAUUUCUCAUGCUAAUAAGAUCUGGGAUCGGGAAAUGCAGGUUGAAUUGGAGGAUUGA